AUGGCAGGAUUAGAUUUCUCGGGAAUUCAACAGUUUUAUCCUCAUUCAGAGCCAAGUUCGCUGGCUUCGCAGUGGAAAGAAUGGCUGCAACGAUUCAAACGAUGUAUAGUCGCUUUUGACAUCAAAGACAAAGCAAGGAAACGAGCUCUAUUGUUAUACCUGGCCGGUCCAAAGGUGGAAACAAUAUUUGCCACGCUCUCUGAUACGGGAGAAGAGAACGACUUCGAUAAAGCCAUAGAGAAAUUGACAGAGUAUUUCGCGCCGAAAAAAAAACAUUCUAUACGAGCGACAUAUUUUUCGCCAAGUCAGCCAGCGAUCUGACGAAACAAUUGACCAAUUCUGUACACGACUGAGACAUCGUGCCUCGACAUGCGAAUUCGAUAAUGUAGAGGACGAGAUUAAAACACAAAUCGUGGAAAACUGCAGGUCUAGUCGACUCAGAAGGAAAGCAUUUCGGGAUGACCCCAAGCUGGCUGAUUUGAUUAAAUACGCGAGAGCACUGGAAAUUUCUGAUCACCAUGCUGAAGAAAUGGAAAAGCAACACCGUCAGGAGGCUGUGUAUCAAAACACCAGACGAGAUUUUCCGUCAAGGGAUAUAAAAGGUAAACAAGCACAAACUUGUUAUAAUUGUGGAGGGACGUAUCCCCACCAAGGCAGGCCCUGCCCCGCUGCAGGCAAGACCUGUCAUAAUUGCUCAAAAACUGGACAUUUCGCUCGAGUUUGUAAGUCUGAACAAAAACCAAUCUCUCGAAAACCUCGAAUGCCUCAGGACCAAUAUAAAUCGAAGGCAAACAAGUUGAAUGCUUUGAACCAAAAUCGGCAACAGCAACCACUCUCUACUGAGCCAACAGUACAAGGUGAACCGGAAGUAAGCGACAGUGAUAGCAAUGAGGAUAUACUUGCUGUUUCGAGAGCCAAGAAAGUGAAGCAACCACCCAUGACAAAACUCAAAAUUAAUGGGGUGAAAGUAGAGUUUUUGAUUGACACCGGAGCUUCAGUGAACAUUUUGACACAAAAGGACUAUGAGUUUCUCUGUACAAAUUCAAAGGACCAAAUCUCUUUACAAAACACUAAAACUAGAAUCUAUGCGUUUGGCUCUAAAGAACCAGUUGAGUUGAAAGGAAAGUUUGAAGUUCUAGUUGACUCAAAGCGUCGUGUUGCUGCCGCUACAUUUUAUGUCACAAAGGGAACUCAAGGCACUACUUCAAUUCUCGGUUGUGAGACGUCUACUAAUUUGCGUUUGAUUACCAUGAAUGUUAAUUCUGUGUCGAAAGUAUCGGCUGUCAAGUCGGACUCUGGAACUGAUACGAGUAGCUGUGAUUUGGAUGCGAGUAAAAGAAAAGAAAACCUAUUGAAAGGUAGGCACCCUAAUGUAUUUACAGGAAUUGGUAAACUAAAGGGGCAUGAACAAAAGAUUCACAUAAAUACCAAUGUACCCCCUGUUGCCCAAACGAACAGGCGUGUUCCAUUUCAUUUACGCAAACAGUUAGACACCUGGCUUGACGAUUACUUACAAAAAGAUAUAAUUGAGCCUGUAUCUGAUGAGAGCACUGACUGGGUGAGUGGACUAGUUCUUGCACCAAAACCCAGAAACCCCAAUGAAGUAAGAGUAUGCGGCGACUACCGCCAAGCAAACACAGCUAUAAAAAGAGAAAAACACCCAAUUCCUACAGUUGACGAACUGAUGGAAAGUAUGAAUGGGGCAAUUAAAUACAGUAAGAUUGAUUUGAAGGCUGGGUAUCACCAAAUUCCCCUUGAGAAAAGUUCCAGGUCCAUUACUACAUUUAUUACGCAUCGUGGAUUGUUUCGCUAUAAACGAUUACCUUUCGGUAUCAACUCGGCCAGCGAGGUAUUUCAGCAUGCUAUCGAGAAUGCCAUUCGAGGGAUAGACGGAGUUCGUAACAUCGCGGAUGAUAUAAUUGUUUGGGGGUCAACACAACAGGAACAUAAUUUACGGUUAGAGCAGUUAUUUGCUCGCUUAGACGAGUCCGGUUUAACCGUAAAUAAUGACAAAUGUCUAUUUGAUCAGAGAGAACUUUGGUUCUAUGGCUUUCUCCUUACUGAUUCAAGCAUAAAAGUUGAUCCAAGGAAAGUUGAUGCAAUUAAGCAUGCUAAGGAACCAAAGGACACAAAAGAACUCCGUAGUUUCCUAGGGCUAGCAAACUAUUGUUCCAGAUUCAUCAAGAACUUUUCAACUCUUACAUCCCCCUUGCGAGAACUUACUGUAGCCAAAACACCCUAUGCAUGGACACCUAGACACACAGCAGCAUUUGCUGCUAUUAAAGAAGCUAUACAGAAAGACUGUAGCAUUUUUAUGACCCAAAUCAGAAAACAUGUCUAA